AUGGGCGAGCUACCAAGAAUCAUCCUGCACCUCAUCUCACACCCCAGCUACCUGUGUUUUCGUUGGCCCUCGGUUUAUGAGGACAAAAACCAGCGCACAUGGCUGCAUCUCGUCAUGGACACAGGAGGUGUCCUGCAAGUACGGUUGUGCCAGAUGAACAUCCCCAGUGGUCAUAACACAUUUACCACCAGCCCGCUGACCUCGAUCAGCAUGCCUUCGAUGUGGACGCUCCACCUUGAUAGCCAGUACCUGGACUCCAUGGGCUGGUUCUGGCGAAUUGUGCACCACGUCAAGGAGAUUGACAUGGAGGAAAUGAUCCUUGAACUGAUCAACGACUCGGAAGACAUGUGA